AUGGCGACCGCUUGGUUUGACAAAGGUCGCCCAGCGCUCUUCGCGGCUUUAUCAAACGUGUGCGAACAAAUUGGACAGGAUCUGUUGGCAGAGAUACAGAAUCACAAUUCGGCAGACGGCCAGACCGCAAGUAGCGGAGAAAUUCAAGAUGGAUCUACCGAAAAACCUGGCUUCGUUAUCAAGUUAGAAGCCGAAAAUGCUGAGCUGCGACGACAGCUUGCUAUUAUCCGGUUUUCAAACCGCGCAUCGCAUGCAACGAGUCCUUCCGCUUCAAAAUCGGACAGCCACGUUGAGCCAACAUCACCUCGCCUUGCCCUCAAUGGAUCAGUCAGCCAUAUCGCAGCGCCUCCGAAGCCUGCAGGCAUAAAUCGUACAUGCCAAGGGGAUUGCGCCAAGGUCUUAAGGAGAUAUCAUGCUCUGUCUGCUAAUUUCAAAACGGCCAAAGAUGCUUUGCACCGCAGAAAGGAGGAACGGAACAAAUGGAUUCGGCAUGCGGAGUAUCUGAGACGGAAGAUCCACGCCGCCGAGGAUCAGUAUAAUAUACAUAUUCUCGAUCAUAAAGCUCAGCACAUGGAACCGCCCACCGCAACGGCAAUGGAGGCUGAUGAAAUACUUCUCAACCCUUCUCUCAGUUUCAUGUCCGACGAAGGGCCUGCGGAGACGGAACCUCAGCUUCCAGAAUUGGCGGUAGAAGGCAACCAAACGAGCGCACACAUGGCGGAACCACACGCAAAUUCCGAGACGACCCAGGGAGAGGCAUCAGACGAUGUCUCACUGCCACCUCCAGAACUCCCAACGUAUCCAGGUGGCGAGGUGGCUGUGAUUAAGCAAGAGCCAUCCUCUGAUGUCCCGGAAAUUAUUUCCGAGCGGGAGGUUCGGAAGCGCAAACGUACUCACGAAGAGUCUGCAGUAGUGACGAAGCCUAAGAUCAAAGCCGAACUGGUCGGCAGUUCUAGCCCCAUAAUGUCCAUCCCGUCAAUGCAGCCUACAAAAUUCCACACACAAGAAAGUAUCGACUUGGGAGAUAUUGUUCAGAAAAUCCAAACACCCAGAAAGCGGCAGCUCCUAGAGCAAGACGCGCCACAGUCAGAGGUGAUUCAGAGGUCCAAAUUUACCAGUCUUACACCAAUACAUGUCACAGCACAAGCGAUGCCGCAGUCUGCGAUUAUUCCUCGUCAGUCUUCUGCUCUGAUGCCUUUGAGCGUGAACGUCAGAACUACUCGACCGAAAUCACUUAAAACGCAGCAAAAAAGCCGUUGGCACCAGCUGAAUGAGAGCAUAGGAAGCCUAGCUGAAGAUGGCACUGCUUAUAUGACUGGUGUGCCCCCGGGGGCAGUUACGACCCCACGCGUCGAUUCUUCUAAGAGUAGAUUAGACGCUCUGCUCAACGAACCGGUUGCUGCAAUGGAGGACGAGGACAUCCUAUCUAAGCUACCGAAACGGUCCGAUCCGAGGACGCCUUCGUACCAGACCGACCUUGGCAUUCCAGGGCGACGGCAGCUUCCGUUUGACAAAGACGGACGUCGAUCUAACAAAUCGACGCCGGUACAGCCUUUGGCCACAAAACCCGUCCUGGAGCCAAAGUCGCGAAUGGGCAAUGUGACUUCGCCACGCCGCAUCACCACACGGUCAGAAUUAGGACCCCUGCGACUUAGGCCACUCUCGGAGCUUCGCUUGGAGGACUUCAAGGUCAACCCCCAGGCCAACGAAGGCCACGAUUUUGCUUUCUCCGAGGUAGUGAGGGACAAAGGAGACAGGGCAUGUUUGCCGGGCUGUGUGGACAUGCACUGCUGUGGCAAAGAGUUUCGGGCACUAGCUAUUUCACAACGGCCUAACCCACCCUUGACAGCUGCACAACGGCUGGAGGAGCAAAAGCUUUUGGAAGACUAUCUAGGAGACUACUCAUACCGCCUAGCUUCAAUGGACAAAGACGAAAGACUAGAGGUCUGGAUCGAAGCUAAGACGCAAGAAUUAGCCAAUAAAUAUGGCAAACAUCGCCACAGAUUCUCACGGAUGCAGUCGCCUCCGGGAUUUUGGGAUGCAGACUUUCCCGACACACAAAAACUAGAGGCGGAUAGAGAGGAGGCAGCGAAAAGAACUAGGCGAGCAGUAGCGGAGCGAUAUCGGGAAGCGAAACGACCAGGUGGCAGAUGGAUCUUCAAAGAUGAAUGA